AUGGAGAUCUCAUUACAUGCUUUAACUGGUACCAUCUCUAGUGACACCAUAAGAAUCCCUGGUUGUGUCCAUAAAAAAGCUAUCUCCAUUUUAAUUGAUACUGGUAGUACACACAGUUUUAUAGAUUCUACUUUGGCUACUAGCUUAAAUUGUUUCAUUGCUCAAACUGGUAGCUUAUUGGUCACAAUAGCUAAUAGGGAUAAAACUGUGAGUUCUGGUAUGUGUUCUCAGUUGGACUGGACUAUGCAAGGUCACAAGUUCUGUGGUGAUUUGAGAUUACUUCCUCUUGGAGGAUGUGACAUAGUUUUGGGAGCAAAUUGGUUAAGGAAUCUGGAUGAUGUUCUCUUCAACUUGUCCAAGUUAUGCAUCACUUUCAAGCACAAGGGUAAGAAGAUCACAUUAACUGGCAUUCAUCAAAAGUUUUUACUCAGCAUGAUGAGUGGUUCUGCAGUUAAGAAGUUUUUACAAAAACACUCUCAUGGCAUAGUUGGUCAGUUAUUCUCCAUUUCUAGCUCAUCUGUCCAACCAAUACCCCCACCACCAAUUGCCACCUUACUCAACCAAUUUCCUAGUGUUUUUACUGAGCCAAAAUCAUUACCACCUGAGAGAAACUUAGACCAUAAAAUCCCUCUCAAGCCACAUUCUAAACCAGCGAACCUCAGAUCUUACAGAUGCCCUUACAUUCAAAAGUCAGUUGUGGAGCAUCUGGUAAAGGAGAUGCUAAACUCAGGCAUUAUACAACCAAGUCACAGUCCUUUUGCUUCUCCUAUUUUGCUUGUCAAGAAAAAAGAUAACUCUUGGAGUUUUUGUGUGGAUUACAGGAAAUUGAAUAACCUCACAAUUAAGGAUAAAUUUCCAAUACCAAUUAUUGAUGAGCUCUUGGAUGAGUUACAUGGCUCUCAUUUUUUUACCAAAAUUGAUCUUAAGUCUGGCUACCAUCAAAUCGGAGUUUCUCCUUCUGAUAUCCAUAAGAAUGCAUUUAGGACUUAUCAUGGGCACUUUGAGUUCAAAGUAAUGCCAUUUGGCCUCACCAAUGCACCAGCCACUUUUCAAGCUCUUAUGAAUGAAAUUUUUCAAGACCAUCUCAGGAAGUUCAUCCUUGUAUUUUUUGAUGACAUAUUGGUCUACAUCCCUUCUUUGGAGGAGAACUUAAUUCACUUAAAGACAACAUUGGAGCUACUCAGAACACAUCAGUUGGCAGCUAACUUUUCCAAAUUCUCUUUUGGCCAACCUGAGAUUGAGUAUUUGGGACACAUCAUUAAUGGCUAUGGAGUUAUGCUCUUUUCCACUACUCUUGUUCCUGCUCUACCUGAUUUCAGUAAACCAUUCAUUCUGGAAACUGAUGCUUGUGACUUAGGCAUUGGAGUUGUACUUAUGCAAGAAGGCAGAGCUAUUGAAUUUUACAGCAAACCACUUGGGCCAAGAGCUGCUGCCUUGUACACUUAUGAAAAAGAACUCCUAGCAAUUUUCCAAGCAGUCACUAGGUGGAAAUAA